AUGGCCACCUCCGUCAAUGAUCUCCCAAACGAGAUCCUAAGCCAGAUAUUCUCCCACCUGGACCGACCUGCGCCAUCAGACUCGAAACUCCAUGAUCAACCAAGCUCUUUCAUGCUGCAGAACCUCUUUUUUGACCGCGAUCUCAAGACUACUUCUCUCGUUUGCAAGCGAUGGCGAGGUGCCGUGCUCCCUCUGCUGUUCCGCCAUGUGGUCUGGACAUUCGACCGAUUCGAGUUACCGCUCAUGGAAGAGACGGGAAACCCUGCGUCCGCGAUCGAGUUUUUGUCAUUCCUCCGGGCGAACAAUUUGACCAACUAUGUCGAAACACUUUCAAUGUUUGUCGAAGAUGCCAUGGGCAGCGUAUCGGACGGCAGUGCCACUCUUAUGGAGACAGGCUUUGCGAACAAGGCCUCGUACAGCGAAGACUACAACUGGCUCUGGACGACAAUCUUUGAACAUAUUGAUCCCACCCGGCUUACAAUGAUUGCGUCGCCACGGGUGUUGGCCCAGAUGCUAUCGCGUAUGCUCUUCCUUGGGGAUGCGUGGAACUUUUCCAUGCCUCGGCAUGUUCUUUCGCUAUCACGCAAAGACAAAAGGACAAAAGAGACGCAACUCGAGGCACCGGUGACAGCAUCAUCAACAAGUCAGGCAUCUAGUUCUGAACUCACACAUCAGAAGCGUGUUCCAUGUGGCCUCUUCACCAUCCGCCCAUGGCAGGCUCUCUUACUGAACGAAGGAUCCUCGACGCGAGUCUACAAGACAUACGAAUUCUACCUCAAACGCCCACCUUCCAUCCUCGGCGCUCUUCUGGGCGCAGAAGAGUUCCCCAAUGACGAAUCCAUGAUCCCCUCCUCGAUCCGCGACCUCUCCUACGUCGGCAUCUUCCCCCUAUCGAGCCACUUCAACACCCUCGUCCAAAACGUCCCGCGCCUCGACCGCCUCUUCGUCCAGCUCGUCCCCCGAAACGACAUCCUCUCCGACCACGAAGAAAUGCGCAACGUCGACCUCGCCGAUCUCUGGAUGGAGCGCAACACGGCCUACUCGAUGCUGUUCCGCGAGCUCUUCAACCCGAGCCCGGACAGCCCCUGGCUCGAGCUGAGCGUCUUUGAGAGCGGCGACGCGGCGGACAAGGAGGCGUGGGAUAUGGCGGUGCAGUUUGUGCAGUUUAGCGGCGUGCAGGGGUGGCGGGUCGCGGGCGAGGGCGUCUUUGCGAGGGAAGGGGACGAGGACGACGUCGGUGCGAUCCUCGGCAUGUCUCAGUCAGUGGCGCCAGCGGGAUCGUCAAGAUCACAAACAUUGUCUGGGUGA